AUGACAACUUAUCCACUUCGUGCAACAAAAGCCAUUCUCUGCUUGCCUCCAUCAGCAUCUAUUUUGCAGACAUCAGGUUCAGCACCUCAUGGGUCUUCCGCAUCGGAUAGUCGCUAUGCCCACUCCAUCAAUGCGUCGGCCUCGUUUGGCCUACCCACUAUAUUGUCGGCUGGGACAGAUGCACGAAUACGUUGUUGGAAUCUGUCGAACCCAGAGCAAUCCGGUGUGAUCGCCUGGCCAUGUAUUGAGGAGGCGGUACCGCCCAAUCUCCACUACAUGUGA